UAUUCAAUUGAAUUUGGGUUUAAAUGUUAUUUUAACACAACUUGUAUUUGCCUUAAUAAUCAUACCUAAAUUAUAGAUAUUCUGUAUCAUCACAAUUUCACUUUUUCUAAGGACUGCUGCUGGACAUGCACCCGGGGGUCUUUGUGCCCACUGCGGCUGCGCUGGGCCCGUUUUGCCGAGAUUGUCUCAGCAGGGCACGGAGUUUGCCUGGUCUCAGCCUCAGCGGUUUGCACCGGCAGAUGAGCAGGUGGAACAGCCGGGACUCCAGCAGCCCCCUACCUUCACAGAAUAACCCCCGUAUCCUUAUCACAGGUGGUCUUGGGCAGUUAGGUGCGGGACUGGCACAGAUACUGAGGAAACAUUACGGAAAGGACAAUGUGAUCCUGUCUGACAUUAAGAAGCCUCAACCUCAUGUUUUGGAGAGUGGUCCGUUUGUAUACGCUGAUGUCUUGGACUACAAACAUCUCAGAGAACUGGUUGUGAAUAAUCGUAUCACUUGGAUGGUCCACUACAGCGCUCUGCUUAGUGCUGUAGGGGAGGCCAAUAUGGCUUUGGCACGCAAGAUCAACAUCACAGGCCUUCAUAACGUGCUGGACCUGGCCCUAGAGAACUGCCUGCGCAUCUUUGUCCCCAGCACAAUCGGAGCGUUUGGCCCCUCUUCUCCACGUGACCCUGCCCCUGACCUCUGUGUCCAAAGACCUCGAACCAUCUAUGGCGUGUCCAAAGUGCAUGGAGAACUGAUGGGGGAGUAUCUCCAUCAUAAAUAUGGUUUGGACUUCCGCUGCCUACGUUACCCAGGUGUGAUAUCAGUCAACGGCCCCCCCGGGGGAGGAACUACAGACUAUGCCGUUCAAAUCUUCCACGAUGCUCUCAGCACAGGGCACCAUGAGUGCUACUUGCGUCCCGACACCCGCCUUCCCAUGAUGCAUAUCUCUGACUGCCACCGUGCCACAAUAGAGUUCAUGCAGGCACCAGAUUGCCAGCUGUCUCUGCGUACCUACAACAUCGCCGCCAUGAGCUUCACUCCAGAGGAAGUGGCCCAGGAGAUCCGCAAGCAUCUCCCUCACCUCAAAGUCACCUACAAUCCUGACUCUGUCCGCCAGAACAUCGCAGACAGCUGGCCGGUCAGGUUUGACGACACCAAUGCCAGGAGAGAUUGGGGCUGGGCGCCAACUUAUGCGCUUGAGGAGCUGGUGUCAGACAUGCUGAGAUCCAUUCGAGAGAAGAGGACAAACGAGGGUUUGCCAGUCAGCUAGCGAUACAUGGAACACAAAGGCUAACCAAUGACAUAUGUUUGACUUUGCUUCAGCCUGCAUAUACGACACUUCCUUUCACAAGUUGUCCACCAGUAUCCCAGUGUUACUCUGGUCAGUGCAGCAAUGAACAUGGGAAUUAGUAAAUGAAAGUGGGAAUUCUCAGUCAGAUGCUCUCAAUGUACAGUGGACAGUGAGACGUCACACACAUACACUCAAACACACACAGUCUUUUUCAGGGAAUAAUAUACUGUCCAAACUUCCUUUCAUCCAUAUUGUUUUUAAUUGUUAUAAUGGUAUCAGCAUCACUUUACAUCUGUUACUUCAGACGGAACGGAAAAAUACUUUAGAGUUGUCCAAAUGUCAUGCUAAUCACAUCAAUGGAAAUGUUACCAUUUCUAUUAAACUGUCCUACUAUUUGGAGUUGCACAUUUAGAGUAACACAUCUGUUGUACAUUUUGAUUCCAGGAUCAUCUGGAACGGCUUGCUCAGUUACCUCUGGACUGUAAUGACACAAUUCUGGGUGUUUUAAAAUGCAAUCUUUUAUAAUAAAUAUCACACACAAUGCAAUCCCACUACCCUUGCUGUGGCAUCUAACAAGAAGCCUUUAUUUUGCCUUUUUUGCGAACAGUGUGAUUUUAGUUAUGAAUGAGCAGCAAUAACAAAAGAAGCCUUGUUAACUGUGGAUUACUUUGGAAAGCAAUGUACUUUGACUUAAGAUCUUGAACAAUAAACAUGAUAUUUACCCAAA